AUGUCUGCCGAGGAGCACGAUGUCACUUUCGAUUCGGCUGAUGCCGGAGCUUCGCUCACCUUCCCCAUGCAGUGUUCUGCUCUGCGCAAGAACGGCCACGUUGUGAUCAAGAACCGCCCUUGCAAGAUCAUUGACAUGUCUACCUCCAAGACUGGAAAGCACGGUCACGCCAAGGUUCACUUGAUCGCCACCGAUAUCUUCACCGGCAAGAAGCUCGAGGAUCUCUCCCCCUCCACCCACAACAUGGAUGUUCCCCACGUGAUCCGCAAGGAGUACCAGCUCCUCGACAUCACUGAGGAUGGCUUCAUGUCCCUCAUGACCGAUAACGGUGACACCAAGGAUGAUGUCAAGGUCCCCGACAACGAGGUUGGUGAGAAGAUCAACCAGAUGUUCCUUACCGAGGAGAAGGAGUGCAACGUCGUCGUCCUUACUGCCAUGGGCGAGGAGGCCGCCAUGGAGUGCAAGGAGGCUCCCAAGUCUGGUUAA